AUGCAUGAUCUUCUUGAGAGAGUGCUUGAAGAAUCUGGUGAUGAUCUGGAUUCAGCUAUCAGGAGUCUUAAUGAGCUAUGCUUGGGGUCUGCUGAGAACCUGGGCUAUGCUGCAGCCAAAUCUGCUGCUACACCGGAAGCAAAUGUUCAAUUCUCAACUUCAGAUAUUUUGACGAGCAAUGGUGAUGCUCCAGCAGCUGAGGAUCCAUUGCAUUCACAAGACCUCCCCGUGGAUGGAGCAGACUGGGUGGAACUCCUUGUCAGAGAAAUGAUGAGUUCCUCCAAUAUGGAUGAUGCCAGAGCCCGGGCCUCCAGAGUGCUUGUGGUGUUGGAGAAGUCCAUUUGUGCACGUGCAACAAUAGAUGCAGCCAAGAGCUUCCAGCAGGAGAAUAUCCUGCUAAAGCAACAACUUGAAGUGCUGAUCCAGGAGAAUACUGUUCUAAAGCGAGCAGUCUCUAUUCAACAUGAGCGACAGAAGGAAUUUGAGGAUAGGGGCCAGGAAGUGCAUCACCUGAAGCAGCUGGUGACUCAGUAUCAGGAGCAGUUGAGAACUCUUGAGGUCAACAACUAUGCUCUUUCAAUGCACCUCAAGCAGGCUCAGCAAAGCAACUCCAUCCCUGGCCAUUUCCAUCCCGAUGUCUUUUAGUUAUGAAUUGCAGAUUUGGUUGUAUGAAUGUGUACCGUACUGACUGUUGAGUAUGACCUAAAACAGUCCUAAUAAUGACUCCUUAAAAGAUGCUUAUGGCAUUUGGGCAAGGGCGAGCAUGCACUCUCUGCUUUUGUGCCCGAAGAGUAACCCAAGUUGACAGACUAUAAAAUCAUUUUUUCUGCCUUUUGCUGUUUUAAUUUGAAUUGAAAUAGGUACUCGUAAAUGCUGGAAUGCCUUUUUGAAGAUAGAAGACAACUUGUGAUUGUUUGUGUUUCCUGAAUUGUAAGUUAUUUGGUGUUGGAGUUCCACUGUCACUGUGAUCCUACUCUGAAAAUAUCUGCCCAGCUUAUAUGGGUAUUUGAUGAGGAAUGUAAGAGCCAUAAUACUAC